AUGUCGCACAGGAAGUUCGAGGCUCCCCGCCACGGCCACUUGGGCUUCCUGCCCAAGAAGCGCUGCAAGCGCGGAAAGGGCAAGGUGAAGGCCUUCCCCCGGGAUGACGCCACCAAGAAGCCCCACCUGACCGCCUUCAUGGGGUACAAGGCGGGCAUGACCCACAUCGUCCGUGACGUGGAGAAGCCCGGCUCCAAGCUGCACAAGAAGGAGGCUGCCGAGGCCGUGACCAUCAUCGAGACCCCCCCCAUGGUGGUCGUCGGCGUGGUCGGGUACGUGAAGACCCCCACCGGCCUACGCUCCCUGGGCGCCGUCUGGGCCGAGCACCUGUCCGAGGAGGUGCGCCGCCGCUUCUACAAGAACUUCUACAAGAGCAAGAAGAAGGCGUUCACCAAGUACGUGCGCAAGUACGCCGACGGCAAGAAGGAGAUCGAGGCUGAGCUGGCCCAGCUGAAGAAGCACUCCUCUGUCAUUCGCGUGAUCGCCCACACCCAGAUCCGCAAGGUGUCUGUGGGCCAGAAGAAGGCCCACGUCAUGGAGAUCCAGGUCAACGGCGGUGACGUGGCGGCCAAGGUGGACUUUGCGGUGGGCCUGUUCGAGCGCGAGGUCCCCGUCUCCUCCAUUUUCUCCCAGUCGGAGAUGAUCGACACCAUCGCCAUCACCAAGGGCAAGGGCACGGAGGGCGUGGUGACGCGCUGGGGCGUAUCCCGCCUGCCGCGCAAGACCCAUCGCGGUCUGCGCAAGGUGGCCUGCAUCGGCGCCUGGCACCCGGCCCGUGUGGGCUGGACCGUGGCGCGCGCGGGUGCCCUGGGCUUCAACCACCGCACCGAGAUGAACAAGAAGGUGUACCGCAUCGGCGUGAAGGGCGAGGCGAGCCACCUGGCCACCACCGAGCACGACGUGACGGAGAAGGACAUCACCCCCCUGGGCGGCUUCCCGCAUUACGGCGUGGUGAACGAGGACUACGUCAUGAUCAAGGGCGCGGUGCCCGGUACCAAGAAGCGUGUGAUCACGCUGCGCAAGACGCUCUUCGCGCAGACCAAGCGCUCCGCGCUGGAGGAGAUCAAGCUGAAGUUCAUCGACACCGCCUCCAAGUUUGGGAACGGCCGCUUCCAGACUGCGGAGGAGAAGGCGCGGUCCCUGGGCCGUGUCAAGGCCUGA